AUGCCUUUAAAAGGUAUAAAAGUUUUAGAAUUAGCUGGACUUGCACCAGGUCCUUUUUGUGGAAUGAUAUUAGCUGAAUUUGGUGCAUCAGUAAUUAAAGUAGAUAAGAUUAGUGGGUCUUAUGGUAGUGUUGAUUCUCUUGGUCAAGGAAAAAGAUCACUUGCAUUAAAUUUAAAAACUCAUGAAGGUGUUAAUAUAUUUAAAAGAUUAAGUAAUCAAAGUGAUGUAGUUAUAGACCCUUAUAGGCCUGGAGUAAUGGAAAAUAUAAAACUUGGACCAAAAGAACUUAUGAAAACAAAUAAGAAAUUGAUAUAUGCUAGACUGACAGGAUUUGGUCAAACUGGACCUUAUGCUAAUAUGGCUGGACAUGAUAUCAAUUAUUUAGCUUUAUCUGGUUUAUUAUCUUUAUUUGGACGUUAUGGUCAAAAACCAACACCACCAGUUAAUCUAGCAGCUGAUUUUGGUGGUGGUGGAUUAAUGUGUGCCUUUGGAAUAAUACUAGCAUUGUUUGAAUGUAGCAAAAGUAACAUUGGUCAGGUAAUUGAUGCAUCAAUGGUAGAUGGAUCAGCAUAUUUAGGCAGUUGGUUGUUUAGAUCUCAGCAAGUACCUGGACUAUGGGGAAACCCACGUGGUAAAAAUAUAUUAGAUUCUGGAACACAUUUUUAUGAAACAUAUGAAACAAAGGAUAAACAAUAUAUGUGUGUUGGAGCACUUGAACCACAAUUUUAUGAGAUAUUUUUAGAGAAACUUGGUCUUUCGUUAGAUGAAAUGCCACAAUAUGAUAAAUUUGAAGAAAAUCGUGAAAAACUAGAAAAAAUAUUUAAGCAAAAAUCGCAAGCUGAGUGGUGUGCUUUAUUUGAUGGCACAGAUGCUUGUGUAACACCUGUUCUAAAUUUAAAAGAUGUUGCAUUUCAUGCACAUAAUAAAGAAAGGCAUACCUUUAGUACUAUAAGUCGCGAUUCAGUAAUUCCAAACCCCGCUCCUCGUUUGUCUCGAACUCCCGGAACGUCCAACGGAUAUGAAAAAAAUCCUGAACCUGGUGAGCAUACUAUAGAGAUUCUUACAGAAUUAAAUUUUAAAUCUGAAGAAAUUGCCGGUUUAAUAGUAAACGAAAUUGUUCAUCAAGGAAUGAAACGUUCUAUGCUUUAA